UCAUGCAAUCUUUAGAUAUAAAAAAAGCUUUUUGCCGUACUUAUUGUUAGUGAUGUUCUAAACUAACAUGUAAUUUAUUUUAGUUUAGAAUUAAAUUGUUUAAAAUGUCAAAUAUAUUUUUUUAACAGCAUUAAGUAUCUUAUUUUUGACUGGCACGUUCCUGUCGCGGUAUGAUACUGUGUAGUGGAUGGAAACCUUUAUUUAAAUGUUUAUGUAUGAUUUUGUUGACAGGGAGGCGAGCCGCGACCUAGUGUCGGUCAGAGUAUCGAUCAAUGGUAUGACAUGCCAGUCCUGUGUGCGCUCCAUAGAGGGAUCUGUCAGUGAGCUGCCGGGCGUGCACCACGUUAAGGUGGAGUUAUCAGAACACGCCGGCUACUUCAGAUAUGAUCCGCGCGUGUGCUCGGUGGAAGCCAUCAGAUCUCACAUAGAAGACAUGGGGUUCGACGUCCCGCCUGACAACGUAGACGACGAAACAAAAAACCUAUUGCCCCGGAGUAUACCUACGGAUCUCUUGAUAGAUAUGUCCCCGGCGUGCGGUGGGGACGAGUGCGAAGUGUUGUUACAAGUGACCGGCAUGACGUGCCAGUCGUGUGUCAACACAAUAGAAGGUAUAAAUAAAUAAAUAUUACAAGAAGAACAGUUUGUUGAUCAA